AUGAAAACCUCCCAAACAAAACUACUCGUAACCAAAUGCCUUCUCUUCUCUCUCCUCCUCUCUGCAACUUUCUUCUUGCUUUUCUCUCUCCAAACAACAGCCGGCCCACCACCCUCCGCCGGAGCUGAUCUCCGAAUCCGGCCCGGCUACUCCUCCUACGAAGCCUACAUACAGAAACAGCUCAACAAAACUUUAAACCCGAAGCUCCGCAAGGUAUGGACCACCCGAGACUGGGACCGGAAGAUCCAAGUCUUCGCUAACUUCUUCGACGGAUUGAAACAGAAACAGCUAUUGUUCAACGAUUCGAAGGCGCUCUGUAUCGGGGCCCGAGUCGGGCAGGAGGUGGAAGCGCUGAGACGGGUCGGAGUGUCGGACUCGGUGGGUAUUGAUCUUGUGCCGUACCCACCGCUUGUUCUGAAGGGGGACUUCCAUCACCAGCCGUUCGAUAACGAGACUUUUGAUUUCGAGUUCUCGAACGUGUUCGACCAUGCGCUGUAUCCGAACCAUUUCGUCGGGGAGAUCGAACGGACGUUGAAGCCCAGCGGGGUGUGUGUAUUACACGUGGCGUUGUCUAGACGGGGUGAUAAGUAUUCGGCUAAUGAUUUGUAUAGUGUUACGCCGUUGAAGGCGUUGUUUAGCCGGUCGGAGUUGGUUCAUGUCCGGACUGUGGAUGGAUUCGGUUUGGACACCGAAGUAGUUUUCCGGAAACGAAUUUGAUCCAACGGUCUUGAUUGUUCUUCUUUGAAAAUUCCUUCUGUUUGUAAUUGUUGUGAUGGUUAGGUGUAAAUACUUACAUACUUGUGUUGGGUAGAAAAUUUAUAUCCACCGCGUAUACAGUGUAAUGUUAAAUUGACCCAUGUCUUUACAUUUAAAAUAAUAAAAAAUAAAUAAUUUGAUAAUUGGCACAUUGUUAAACUGACUUAGUCCCUACAUUUAAAAUAAUAAAAAAUAAAUAAUUUGAUAGUUGGCGCAAUGUUAAGCUAACAUGUGUCUUUACAUUUAAACUAAUAAAAAAUAAAUAAUUGGAUAUCUAUCCAAGAUAAAUCCGAAUCA